UAAGUAAAUGUAUGUUUAUCAACUUAUAUUGAAUGAUAUAUACUUUGUAUGUACUUGUCAAGUCAUUAGUUUAAUAUGUUCAAAAUGGAUACGGAAAAAUCGAAAAUGGUCAUUUAUUUUUUGUUGCUGGUCAUAUGUAUUAGCCAUACAGUUGAUGCUAUCCCCUGUCCGAAUUGGUAUAGAUACCGGGUAUGUCACGGUCGCUCUUGUACUGUUGUAAGGCAUGGUUUUGGUCGUGCAAGGUACGAUUGUCUAUCCGCACAGGAGGCUGAAUUAUUACAAAGAGCUCUUAGUGGAGGUGCCACAGGUCCAGGUACAGGAUUAGGAGAAUCUCUACACGGACGGUCAAGAUUAUUAGAUCUGUCAGAACGCUUACAACUUCAUAUCAAUAUCAACAAUGACAACAACAAUCAAAUUAAUCAAGCCGAUUCAGGAAAUGUUGCAGUCAGCCAAGUGAACGCAGAAUUGUCACCAGAUCAGUGUCAAGCAUGUCCAAAUGGAAUAUGUCCGGGACAACAACAUUGUGUUUUUACUUCCUCCUGCCCAGGAAUGGAAAUGUCGUGUCGGUCAAUUACUGGUUGAUUAAUCCAAGGGACAAAACAAGCAAAGAAAGGACACAAAAUUAAUUGGGAAAAUAAUCAAAACUUCUUUGUUAAAUAACAAAGAUUAUUUACUGUAAAUUGCACAUGAUGAACCUGAAGUAGUUUAAUAGAUUUAUCGAGCAUAUCAUUUUAUGUCACCUUACUUCAAUAUGACUUAACAUAUGGAAUUACAACUUUUAACAAUGUAUUACAUUUGAAACUUUUGGAACUCGUAUAAUUGUUCCGAGGUUAACAGAGUUUAAAGAUAACAUGUAAAAACAGCAUCAUCUUAUGAAAUAUUUGACACUCUUAAAUGCUUCUAUUUUUUAAAUGAAAUAUUGCAAUCCGAAAUAGAGUAAAAUUUGAAAUACGCAAAUAUAGCAAUUAAUAAACGGCAACAACAAAAGGAUACGCAGAAUUCUACAACCAAUAUGAUCUAUUUUCUUAAAACAAAUUAUUAACACGCAAGUUUGAACAAAUCAUUUCAGUUUAAAAAGAUGAAUAUAUUUAAGGAAAGAACCGGUUAUAUUAAAUACUUUGAAAAUGAGAAAUGAAGGCAAAAAUUCACGUCUGUUCAUUGUGUUUUUGAGAGCUUUUUUAUAUAUUUGCAGAAUAACAUAUAUGAAUGUUCAACCCAAUCUACGUGUUGCAUUUAUUCAAAAAUAUACCCUAUUUUAGAAUGAAAAGUGUGGAAUGUGCACGUGAUUCUUGUUGAACGCAACCUAAACAACAAAUAAGAGGAAAAUGGAAAUUUAAACCAAGCUUAUUAGAAAUUUUUAAUCACUGAUCUAAAAUGUAUUUCUGACACGCUUGAAGAUAAAAAGUAAUUUUCAACAAAAUAUCACUAUGGUUAUACCGGAUGUAUAUAUAUGAAAUUCAUGAUAAAAACUUCAUUUUAUUUAAAAAAUGUAUUUUUGAUGCACUGUUUUUAAUGUCUUGGCCUAAUUAAAAAAACCUCA